AUGGGAGCUGAAGACCUUCUUGUCGAAUUUGCCGAAAACAGCGGCUGCAGCACCAAUUCUGCUAUUGAUUUCGGCGUCAAGCAUACUUUUACCAUCCAGCGACUUCAGUGGUACCUUUAUGAAGUUGGUGGUACCCAGGAGAUUGCAAAUUUCGCUAUAGAAAUCACCGAGCUGAUUACUAUCAGCAAGCCACUGGAUGUAUUGAGCCUUGUCUUGCCAGCAUUUAUCUUUAGUGUGUCUCGUGACACGGCGGUGUGGUCAUGUAUCAGUUCAGCUAUGCAUCCUGUUGUGUGUUUUACGUGCUACGGGUCGACGACCACCCGUCCGGGGCAGCCGUAUUUCAACACGACGCGGCCCGUGCUCGGCCACGGGUCCACGCCGAACUGCGGCUGCCCGCGCAACUACCGGGAAGGAGACGGCUGCCUGUGCGAAGAGUAUUUCCCAUCCUCUCUCUCGACACCACCGGUUUACGACAAAGCGACUCACAGUGAUAGAAAACUAAGAGAGUCGACGGUGCUGGAGGCGCCGAGCAGCGCCGCCCCGAAGGCCUGCGGCCGCACGGUAGUGCUGCUGCCCGUGAUCCCCGUGCGCCCUCGCCCCCGCGUGGACCCCCGCCCCCCCGCGCCCCUGCGCCCCCGAUUUGGUGAUGCCAAUAAGAUAUCGAGCGCAAAAUCAAGACAGGAUACAAGCAUGCUCUCCAAUAUUUCGGAAGAACAAACUGAAACGGUAUACCUAAUAUUUAAUUAAAAUAGUUUGAUGAUGUCUGUAGUGUACUGUAUUAUCACCGAUAUCUGUCGUCUCGUUGUCGCAUAGACGCGGAGAGUGCACACUAUACUCUAUGGCCAGUUGGCGGGAAACCGGGAGAGUGUGUGGCACGGGAGUAAGACGUUAUGUGGGCAAGCGAGCCGAUAUCCUAAUUAUCGGAUGGUAAUUACAGAGACACAGGUAGGGCGAACACUACAUUUGGCGACGAGUGAAAAUAUUAUAUUGGCGGCGUGUCUGUAAGUAGCAAACAUUAUUUCUUUUGAAUUGAAAAGAAAGGAAGGGGCAGGUAUGGUAAGUUCAGUUUGCGGAUUAGAAGUCCCCCUAAACAGCCGAAAUCUGAACAAGUUGGCCGUCUGUCCAAAG